UUUCUCUCUCUGACUUUCUCCCUCGCUCUCUCCCCUUCUCUCUGGCGGGGAGACUGAAGCUGGACAACAGGGAGAGUUAUGGAAUGACAGUGACUAGAACCAUGUAAAAGGGAAGCAAAUGAAAGAGAUCAAAAACAGAGGAGGUGGAGGAACGUCUUCAGAGGGAAGUCUGAAGGAGUGAGACAGGAAGGAAGCAGUGGUGCAAGGUGAUUAGGUGUAGCCACAUUACAUGGCAACAUUCAUACCACCUCAUCUGUGAGGUUUGAUGAGUUUGUUGCAGAGGAGGACAGGGUAUGUGCAUUGCAUUGUUUUUUUUUCAUACUAACAGAUACUGGGCAAUGAGCUGUCUCAUCUAAAUCCCAGCAUCCGGUGACAGAGGACAUUUGAAGACAGAUCUUUGCUCUGAAUUGUCAGUGUGAUCCAUCUGUUAACAAUCGGUUUUUAUUUCAUUUUUCUUUUCAUUCUUUUUUGUGAGUCUGGAGCGGAACCUUAUAUUUUAUACACACACUCUUGUCUGAUAUUCAAUGGGGUGUGUGUUAAUCUGAACACACACACACAGACACACAGAGAGUUUGGACAUUUUUCUGGCUGUGGCUGUGGCGGUGUGUCUGAGGCAUGGCGCACGCGGCGUCCCACCUGAAGAAAGCCCGGGAGCUAGAGCAGCACUUGGAGAUCAGGGCUUUGGAGAAAGCCAGGGAGAGACGGCGACGCCACAGGGAAAGAGCUGAGCGCAGGCGCAAGUCGGACAGCAACACCAGCUUCCUGAGAGCGGCACGGGCCGGGAACAUCGACAAAGUGCUGGAGUUCCUGAAGGGCGGACAGGACAUCGGCACCUGCAACCAGAAUGGUUUAAAUGCGCUCCAUCUGGCUGCUAAGGAGGGUCAUGGGGAGCUGGUGGAGGAGUUGCUGGAGAGAGGAUCGGCAGUGGAUUCAUCCACGAAGAAAGGAAACACAGCACUGCACAUCGCCUGUCUGGCUGGGCAGAAGGAGGUGGCCAGACUGCUGUUGAAGAGAGGCGCUGAUGUCAACGCCCAGUCCCAGAAUGGAUUCACUCCUUUGUACAUGGCGGCCCAGGAGAAUCAUUUGGAGGUGGUCCGUUUCCUACUGGAGAAUGGCGGCAAUCAGAGCACAGCCACAGAGGACGGCUUCACUCCCCUGGCCAUCGCUCUGCAGCAGGGCCACAACCAGGUGGUGUCCCUCCUCCUGGAGCACGACACCAAGGGGAAAGUGCGGCUGCCCGCCCUCCACAUCGCCGCCCGCAAGGAUGACACCAAAUCUGCUGCCCUGCUCCUGCAGAACGACCACAAUGCCGACGUCCAGUCAAAGAUGAUGGUCAAUAGGACAACAGAGAAUGGAAAGAGUGGGUUCACCCCGCUGCACAUCGCUGCGCACUAUGGCAAUGUGAAUGUGUCCACCCUGCUGCUGAACAGAGGGGCUGGGGUUGACUUCACGGCCAGGAAUGGGAUAACUCCUCUUCAUGUGGCCUCCAAGCGAGGGAACACCAACAUGAUUGCCCUCCUGCUAGACCGAGGAUCCCAGAUCGAUGCUAAGACAAGGGAUGGCCUCACCCCACUACACUGUGCAGCCAGGAGUGGGCAUGACCCUGCUGUGGAGCUACUUCUGGAGAGAGGAGCACCCAUACUGGCCAGGACCAAGAACGGACUGUCCCCACUGCACAUGUCCGCUCAGGGAGACCACGUGGAAUGUGUCAAGCACCUGCUGCAGCACAAGGCGCCUGUUGAUGAUGUGACCCUGGACUAUCUGACUGCCCUCCAUGUCGCUGCCCACUGUGGCCACUACAGGGUCACCAAGCUGCUGCUGGACAAGAGGGCCAAUCCAAACACCCGGGCACUGAACGGUUUCACCCCACUGCACAUCGCCUGUAAGAAGAACAGGGUGAAGGUGAUGGAGUUGCUGGUGAAGUACGGAGCCUCCAUCCAGGCCAUCACUGAGUCGGGUCUUACUCCCAUCCACGUUUCUGCCUUCAUGGGCCACCUCAACAUUGUUCUGCUGCUACUCCAAAAUGGAGCCUCUCCUGAUGUCCGCAAUAUUCGGGGAGAGUCAGCCCUCCACAUGGCUGCGCGAGCUGGUCAGACGGAGGUGGUGCGCUGUCUCCUGAGGAAUGGGGCGCUGGUGGAUGCCAUGGCCAGAGAGGAUCAGACGCCUCUGCAUAUCGCGUCUCGUUUGGGGAAGACUGAGUUAGUUCAGCUGCUGCUGCAACACAUGGCUCACCCAGACGCAGCCACCACAAACGGCUACACCCCCCUCCACAUCUCUGCCAGGGAGGGCCAGCUGGAGACAGCUGCAGUGCUGCUAGAGGCCGGAGCCUCACACUCUCUGGCCACCAAGAAAGGAUUUACUCCUUUACAUGUAGCUGCUAAGUAUGGAAGCCUGGAUGUGGCAAAACUCCUCCUGAAGCGUCAUGCACUUCCUGAUGAUGCUGGAAAGAAUGGACUGACUCCACUCCAUGUAGCAGCGCACUAUGACAACCAGGAGGUGGCACUCCUGCUCCUGGAGAAAGAAGCCUCCCCUCAUGCCACAGCCAAGAACGGCUAUACCCCCCUCCACAUCGCAGCGAAGAAGAACCAGACAGCCAUUGCCUCAGCACUGAUGCAGUAUGGCGCUGAGACCAACGUGCUCACCAAGCAAGGAGUCAGCCCUCUGCACCUGGCUUCUCAGGAGGGCCACAGUGAGAUGGCCACUCUACUGCUGGGGAAGGGUGCUGUGGUCAACGCCUCAACUAAGAGUGGACUGACAUCACUGCACCUCGCAGCACAGGAGGACAGAGUGAGUGCUGCAGAGACACUGGCCAAGAAUAACGCUAACCUCGAUCAUCAGACAAAGCUUGGCUACACCCCACUUAUUGUAGCCUGUCACUAUGGAAAUGUCAAAAUGGUAAACUUCCUCGUGCAGCAAGGUGCCAGUGUCAAUGCCAAAACAAAGAGUGGCUACACACCUCUUCAUCAAGCAGCUCAACAAGGGAACACACAUGUUAUCAAUGUGCUGCUACAACAUGGAGCCAAACCCAAUGCCACCACUGUGAAUGGAAACACUGCUCUGUCCAUUGCCAAACGCCUUGGCUACAUCUCAGUAGUGGACACACUGAAAGUAGUCACAGAGGAAAUUAUCACCACCACUACAACCGUUACUGAGAAACAUAAGCUGAAUGUUCCGGAGACAAUGACUGAAGUCUUGGAUGUUUCUGAUGAGGAGGCCUUGCAACAGAUUGAAGAGGACCCUUAUUCAGACGUCUCAGUGGAAUUGGAAGGUGAAGAUACCAUGACAGGAGACGGGGGAGAGUACCUAAGGGCAGAGGACCUGCGAGAGCUGGGAGACGACUCCCUGCCUGGGCAAUACUUGGAUGGGAUGACCUAUCUGAGUCACAACCUGGACAGGGGUCAUGGGACCCCCCCACACCCAGGAUAUCAUAACAGAGACGGUGUUUUCAUUGAAGAAGUGUUUACCAGUCAUCAGGUGGCGUCCCUCUCCAGACAGCAUGAGAAGGACUCAUAUCGACUGAGCUGGGGGGCGGAACACCUGGACAACGUGUUACUGACCAAUACCCUGCUGCAUUCUGGCCAGUCAUCUCCAUUCCUUGACCAUGACAACAGCAGCUUCCUGGUCAGUUUCAUGGUCGAUGCCAGGGGUGGGACUAUGCGUGGCUGUCGCCAUAACGGCCUGCGCAUCCUCAUACCCCCCCAGAAGUGCUCUGCCCCCACCCGAGUCACCUGCCGUCUGGUCAAGAGGCACCGGCUGGCCUCUAUGCCACCCAUGGUGGAGGGGGAAGGCCUGGCCGGCAGGAUCAUAGAAGUCGGCCCCACCGGAGCACAGUUUCUUGGUAAACUUCACCUCCCUACCGCCCCUCCCCCUCUCAAUGAGGGAGAGAGUCUGGUCAGCCGAAUUCUUCAACUGGGCCCACCUGGAACAAAAUUCCUCGGGCCUGUGAUAGUGGAGAUUCCCCACUUUGCAGCCCUGCGGGGAACCGAGCGGGAGUUGGUGAUCCUGCGCAGUGAGACCGGAGAGAGCUGGAGGGAGCACCAUUGUGAGCACACCGAGGAGGAGCUCAACCAGAUCCUCAACGGCAUGGACGAGGAGCUGGACUCUCCUGAGGAGCUUGAGAAGAAGCGGAUUUGUCGCAUCAUCACACGAGACUUCCCACAGUACUUUGCGGUGGUCUCCCGCAUCAAGCAGGACAGCCACCUAAUUGGCCCAGAGGGAGGGCUGCUCAGUAGCACCUUAGUGCCCCAGGUCCAGGCAGUCUUCCCUGAGGGUGCCCUCACCAAACGGAUCCGUGUCGGACUCCAGGCCCAACCAGUCCAUGCUGACUUAGUGAGGAGGAUACUGGGUAACAAAGCAACUUUCAGUCCUAUUGUAACCUUGGAGCCAAGGAGGAGGAAGUUCCACAAGCCAAUCACUAUGACAAUCCCAAUUCCCAAGAGCUCAACAAGCGACGGAACCGACUGUGUGUUUGGGGGAGAUACGCCUACCCUCAGACUUUUGUGUAGCAUCACAGGAGGUACCACUCCAGCUCAGUGGGAAGAUAUCACAGGAUCCACUCCUCUGACCUUUAUCAACCAGUGUGUGUCCUUUACCACUAAUGUGUCAGCCAGAUUCUGGUUGAUUGACUGCCGACAGAUCCAGGAGUCUGUGAACUUCUCUACCCAGAUAUACCGGGAAAUGAUCUGUGUUCCAUACAUGGCCAAGUUUGUUAUCUUUGCCAAAACACUGGACCCCAUAGAAGCCCGGUUACGAUGCUUCUGCAUGACAGACGACAAAAUGGACAAGACACUGGAGCAGCAGGAGAACUUCACAGAGGUGGCACGGAGUCGAGAUGUUGAGGUUUUAGAGGGGAAACCAAUCUUUGCUGACUGUUUUGGAAACCUGGUGCCUCUUACCAAGAGUGGUCAACAUCAUGUCUUCAGCUUCUUUGCCUUCAAAGAGAACCGCUUGGCACUGUUCAUCAAGAUUCGAGAUAGCGCUCAAGAACCUUGUGGAAGAUUGUCUUUCACAAAGGAGCCUCGUACGUACAGAAGUCUUACACACAAUGCCAUCUGUAAUCUGAACAUCACUCUGCCCACAUACUCAAAGGACUCUGAUUCUGAUCAGGAUGCAGAUGAGGAGAGUGACAAGACACAUGAGAAAUAUGAUGACGAAACAGAGUCAACUGAAUUAUCCAUCCUGCAAACACACAUGGUGAAUGACCCAGCCACAUUAGCAAGUCCAGACCUUCUCUCAGAGGUGUCUGACAUGAAACAAGACCUCAUCAAAGUGUCGGCUAUCCUUACAACUGACCUAUCUGAAGAACCUGACUCUUUAGAUGACACAAAGCAAUCACAGACCAUUAGAAAAGUGCAUGAAGAUCCUGAAGAACCUUUUGAAAUCAUGGGGAAAGUAAAGGAGGAUCUGGAAAAAGUUGAUGAAAUACUGCGAGGAGGAGCAUUGUCAGAAACUGGAGAGGAGAGAGACACCCAAUGGUCAAAAAACAAGAAGGGGGAAUGGGUAGUUCUCAGUGAACCCGAAAUCACACAGGCUAAAGCUAACACUGACUCUCAGGAAAUCCGAAUUUUCAGAGACACCUCCACAUCUUCAACAUCAGUGAAGGACAUGCCUAGUGCAACUACUCAUCUUAGUGCAGACCUUGACCAGCAUUUCAAUAGCACACUUGUGGUGUCCGAUCAUCUUUCAAAACAUGAAGUUACACAGGAUAAAUCCAAUGAGAUUGUGGCGACCAGAGAUGGUAGGCGGCAUCUUCCUAAAGUCAAAAAGCCUGCUAGGCGAAAGAUUAGGGACAGGGAAUGUGCUGGUGAAAGCUCAGAAGAUGAACUGCAGAGGUUCAGCUCUGAGGAAUCUCUGGAUGGAGACAUCAUUCUUGGUGAACCUGAAUCCACCACAGGCCUAUUCCCAGCCUCACCUCUGGUGGAGGAGAGACCUAUAGGCUCCAUUAAAGACAGGGUAAAAGCACUUCAAAAUAAAGUUGAAGAAGAGGAGGGAUUAAGCCGUAAGCGGAAGCCUCCACAAGUGACUGGUAUUCAAAGUAAGUCUUAUCUGAAAGAGAGUGAAGAACCUCCUCCAAAGUCCCCCAAAUCUCCCCGAUCUCAGACUGAGAGGCUGGAGGAAACUAUGUCUGUGAGGGAAUUAAUGAAAGCAUUUCAGGAGGGCCAAGACCCAUCCAAAAGCAAAUCUGGCCUUUUUGAGCACAAAGCCAUGAAAACAACCACAGUGAUCUUUCAAGCAAAUCAUGAAGACGAUGGUCAAUCAAGCCAAAUAACCUCAAAAUGUAUUUCUGGGCAGCAAGACAUCCGUUCAGAUUUUGUUCAGUCUGACAAAAUUGAGGAUAGCCUUGACACAGUUGCUCCUGGGCAUGAUCUGAGCAUUUCUGAGAAAACAGCCAUAAAUCAAACUGACAUCCCAGAAAAACUGCAGAUUGAUAAACCUUGCAUCAGUUCAGAUACAUCGCGAAGUUCAGAUUACAAGAUCAAUUUGCAGGAUGCUGAAGUGGACAGUAACACUUACCCUGACUCAAGAACAGCAGUGAACAUGUCCAGCAUGAUUUCACAUCUCACGCAAGACCUAGGGCAGUACCUGGAGGAAAUUCCAGCAGUUACUAGUGAAUCUUCAGAUCAAGAGAUUGUUCAGGAAACUUUUGAAGAAUCUAUUGUAAGGAAAGUGAUUUGCCAAGAUGAAAUACAAUCUGAAAUUUCAGAAGACUUUCAAAAUGACACGCUUAUUUCUAGUCCACUAAAAUUACAAGUGGAAGAAUUUAGAAUGGCCUCUCAUCUUACUCAAGACCUGGACCAGUAUCUAGAAAAAAUACAAACAACAACUCAUUCAUUAGAUCAGGAGGUUGUCCAAGAAAGAUUUGAAGAGGUUAUUUUAAGAAGAGGUGUCAGCACACCUGAAAAACCUUGUGUUCCAGAGGAGGUUGAAAAAAACAUACCUGUUAUUAGACCAGAGAAAUCAGAGAAGGAAGAUUUAAGUCCUUGUUCACCACAAUUGCAGAAGUCAAUUCUGCAAGAGGUCAGAGUAGACAGAAACACUCCCGCUGAGUCAAAGACAACAGUGAAAGACAUGUCUGGAAUGGUCUCACAUCUGACUGGGGACCUUGAUCAGUACCUAGAGAAAUCACCAUCCGCACCUGAUCAUUCUCCUGAUAAAGACAUUGUCCAGGAGACCUUUGAACAAGUUGUGUUAAGCAGGGUUGUCAGAGGAGAUGAUAGUCAGUCUGAGGUGUCAGAGGCAAUGAGAAGUGAUGUGGUUGAAGGCACAUCACAGAAUGAGAGAUGGAUGCAUACCUCAGAUCAGAUACAGGAGCCUUUAUAUGAAGAGUUUAAAAUAGCUAGUGAGACAUCCCCCACAUCAUCAGCCCCAGUGAAAGACUUGUCUGGGAUGGUCUCACAUCUUACUGGCAAUCUUGACCUGUACUUAGAGAAAAUACCAGCUGUCUCUGAUGAUUUUGCAAAUCAAGGCAUUAUAGAGGAGACAUUUGAAGAAGUUGUGUUGGGUAGAGUCAUCACCAGAGACGAUCAAGAAUCAGAUGCAUGUCAAUUUGAGAGAUCAGGGGAUAGUUUAGAAACAUCACCAACAGAUGAGUUUGGUCGCAGUUCACCAAAAGAUGAGCUUGUUCAUAUUUCAUCAAAAGAGGAGAGAAAACAAGAUAACAGUCAGGGUGAGCUUUCAGAGGCAAUGGCAAGUGAUGUGGUUGAGGGCACAUUUCAGAAUGAGAGUUUGGCUAAUACAUCAGAUCAGAUACAGGAACCUCUGCUCCAAGAGUUUCAAAUAGCUAAAGAGACAUCCCCCACAUCAUCAGCACCAGUGAAAGACUUGUCUGGGAUGGUCUCGCAUCUUACUGGCAAUCUUGACCUGUACUUAGAGAAAAUACCAGCUGUCUCUGAUGAUUUUGCAAAUCAAGGCAUUAUAGAGGAGACAUUUGAAGAAGUUGUGUUGGGUAGAGUCAUCACCACAGACGAUCAAGAAUCAGAUGCAUGUCAAUUUGAGAGAUCAGGGGAUAGUUUAGAAACAUCACCAACAGAUGAGUUUGGUCGCAGUUCUCCAAAAGAUGAGCUUGUUCAUAUUUCAUCAAAAGAGGAGAGAAAACAAGAUAACAGUCAGGGUGAGCUUUCAGAGGCAAAGGCAAGUGAUGUGGUUGAGGGCACAUUUCCGAAUGAGAGUUUGGCUAAUACAUCAGAUCAGAUACAGGAACCUCUGCUCCAAGAGUUUCAAAUAGCUAGAGAGACAUCCCCCACAUCAUCAGCCCCAGUGAAAGACUUGUCUGGGAUGGUCUCGCAUCUUACUGGCAAUCUUGACCUUUACUUAGAGAAAAUACCAGCUGUCUCUGAUCAUUGUGCAAGUCAAGGCAUUAUAGAGGAGACAUUUGAAGAGGUUAUGUUAAGAAAGGUCACCAUUGUAGAUGAUAAACAAUCAGCACCAGUGAAAGACAUGUCUAGCAUGCUCUCACAUCUUACUGGAGACCUGGACCAGUACUUAGAGAAAAUACCAGUUGUGAAUGAUCAGUCUGCAAAUCAGGGGAUUUUCGAGGAAAAGUUGGAAGAGGUUGUGUUAAGUAGAGUUAGAAGUACAGAUUAUACACAAUCAGAAGACUUCGAAAAGCCUUGGAGCAGUUUAGAAGAUUCACCAAAUAAGGAUCCAGUUCUAGAGCAGUCACAAGAAGCUGCCUUCCAAGAAGUUAAAAUUGACAAAAAAUUCUCCACGUCAAGAGCUUCGGUGAAGGACAUAUCUGGCAUGGUCUCACAUUUAAGUGGAGACCUAGAGCAGUACCUAGAGGAGAUACCUGCUGUAUCUGAUCGUUCGUUAAGUCAGGAGAUUGUUAAGGAAAGUUUUGAGGAGGUUGUUCUAACGAAAACCAUCAGUGAUAAUGACAAUCAAUCAGAGAUGUCAGAAACAUUUCAAAGAGAGAAGCCAGAGACUGAGUCAGGGGUAAUUAAUGGUGAGGAAAGGGUAACUAGUUCUGGACAGUUCAAUAUUCUAUCUCCAGGGCUGAGCCGAGACCCAAUGUCAUCAGAGGAGUUUCAGAUUAGCCCAGACAGGAGAACCUCUGAGGACUUCAGUGCUGACAUCAAAGCAGAAUUAGAAGCCAAUCCUGAGUACCAAAUUUUCAGGCAGACGUCUACCACAGUGGACAACAACUUUAUAUUUUGCUCAGGGAUUAAUAAUUCACAGAUUGAAUACCAAAGAGAGAGUAGUAUUGAGGUAGAAUUUGACACAGAUUUAUCCUCUAAAUUGGAUGAGGAGAGAGCCAUUAUCAUUUCAAAAGAGUUUCAGUGCAAGGAUCUCGAUGCUGGUCCUGAGCUUGAUGGAGAUGAAGUUGGCUCCAGUUCAUCAAGAGAUACACCUUAUACAAGUAUAGAUAAAGGAGAAAGACAUGAGGGAUAUUCUGAACUUCCCCAAGUAAUCCCCAACACCCAGGAGGAGAAUGAUAAUGCUGUACAAAGUAAUUCCAGAAGCCCUACCAAAACUUCAGAUUUUAUGACUGGAGACUCAUUUGGCUCCUCUUUCUCAGCAGAGUCCGAGGUAUCCAUACAAGACAGACAGAUAACUGUAAGCUCUGGAACAGAGGGAAUAGAUACCCCAUCCAGACCUUCAAACAUAGACGCUCUGUGGUCUGUUGUCAUGGAUGAUAAUGCCAGUGUAUGUCGUAGGGACUCCCUGGAGGUCAGUCCUGUCAUAGAGGAUGGCUCUUCACAUAAAUCUCCUGACUCGCUUGAGCCAAGUCCAACCAAAGACUCUCCCUGUCCAGACUCCCUGGAGGGAAGCCCGAUAGGAGAGAGGGCAGAUUUUUUCUCAGAACCAAAGCAAGCUGCUCAGUCUCCCGACAGUCCACUCAGUCCUGGAUCAGGGAUUGAAGUUGACUUUCAAAGAGAAGUUGAUUUUGAAAGAGCCUAUUCCUCUGAAGAUUGCGAUUUUGAGUUUGGCAUUCCAUCUCACCAACAGUGCCUUCCAAUGUCCACAAAUCUAUCUGCUUCCUCCUCAGACAAUGCGGACAAAGAUAUGGACCAACAGAACUCAGAAACAGAUCAGAAGCAGCUUACUCCAGAAGAGGAAAUGUUUAAAAUGGCAGCAAAAAUCAAAACAUUUGACGAAAUGGAGAAGGACGUUAAAAGUAAGAAGGAGGUCAGGUUUGCUCUAGAGGAGUCAGAGGAUCACAAGAGUCCAUCACAAGCCCAAGAUGAUUGGAUGGCAUGGGAAGACCAUUCUGAUAUCACAGCUGACCCAAACCCAUUGCUGUCAUCAUCUCCCAAACCUGAAAGCCAUAGCCUUCAAGAGGUUAAACUACUCCAAGGAGUCUUAAAGGAUGAUUCACCUGGGACCACAAACCAGGAAAAAGAUGCCUUUGAACACAGAGAGGACUAUACAAAGGAUAUUAUAUCUAUGCAAACAUUUGUGGAUGAGAGUGAGGAGGAUUGUUCAGAUCUGUUGAAGUGCCUUACCUCUACUGAAGAGGCAGGAAAACAAGGAAUGUCCAGCUACUCAGCCACUGACAAUAAUACCGUAUCUGUUGUCUUAGAUGAUAGCAGUGGAGCUCAUUUGAUAUCAUCUGUAAAACAAGACGAUCACUCUGCUGACCUCCCUCUCUGUCCGCAAGCUGUGACACAGAAUCUUCAGGAAGAUCUUAACACGAAAAUAUGCAUUCAGGAGGGAGAUGUAAGUUAUCAGGUUUCACAGGCUGCCAAUCAUGACACACUGUCAACGGGCAUCCCUGAGGAUAUUAAAGGAGAUCUGGUCCCAUGGAGUGCUGAUUUAGAAGAUGAUGAAAGUUUUAAGGCACGAGUGGAAGCUGAAGAAAGCAGGGUUUUUGGUCUUCCCUUGGAAGAGCUGCCCCAGCGGCAAACACCAGAUUCCACACCAGGCCGAACGCCCACAGAAGAGGGAACUCCAAAUCCAUUCCUCUUCCAGGAGGGGAAGCUCUUUGAGAUGACCAGAGGUGGUGCUAUUGAUAUGACCAGGAGGAGCUUGGAAGAGGAGAUUGAAGAGCGAGCUUUUUUCCCAUUAAAUGAUGAUGCUGUGGAGGAGGACACAGAAAAAAGUGAUAUGGAUGUAAGCGAAGACUCUAAAAUGGACAACAGAGACUCAGUAACAGAGGAUCAAACAAAGGAAGAGUUUGAUUCUACACCGCAGACCUCCAACUUCUCAAAUGUCACUCCGUCUGACUCACUUGACGUUCAUCCUGGUAGCCCCAACUAUUCACACCAAGAGAGAGAUUUCCUUGAACCUCCUGACACCUCAGUGUCCACUAUAAUGGAUGUGGACACAGCCAGCUCUACUGUCACGCGGUCUGUGUACUCAGAUCAGGAUUCCGAAUCCUCUGACUCCUCUAAUGAGGAUGAGCCGCAAUCCGUUAUUGAAAUUCCCUCCCUAACCUACGACGUGCUGGGCCACACCAGUCUCACUGAAUCCACUGCAUCUGAAAUCUCAGAUCCCCCUCAAGAUGACAUCUCUGUGUUUUCAGUAGAAAUUAAAUCCAAGUCAAAGAUUCCAGUGAAAGCAGGUUCAGUGAAAUCAGACAUAAGCUCUGCAAAAAAAUCAGAGACUCCUCUACAGGAGCAUCGUUCAAAGUCUGAUGCUGGUGAUGAACACACAGGGCAUCUCUUAUCUACUACACACACCCGUAGUCUUUCAGAGAGGAGUCAGUCCUUGACCAAACCAAAGAUCUCUAGCUCAAGACUCCCAGUCAUAAGUAAACACAGACAUUCACAUUCUUCUUACACUGAAAAAAUCCAGCACAGUAUCUCACAUGAACAAACCAUUACAUCUCGUCACAUCAGUAAGACCUCUUGCAACUCAGAGUUGCCUGGCUCUGGAGACCCCAAACAGAAUGAGAGAGCCUCUUGUGCUCCAGAUGCAGAGAGUAGAGCUGUUCCAGGGGUACGGCCUUCCUCCAUUACAGAUGAUGUCUUUGAGUCAAGGCCCCACUGGGACAGUUGUGUGGAGACUCAGAUGCAGCGCAUCUCUGACAGCGCUACCUCAGAACAAUGUCAAGUGGACUGGCAGGAAGAUGCAGACAGAAAGGAAGAAACAUUGGCAAUAGUUUCUGACCUCCUUGGGUUUAGUUGGACUGAGCUGGCAAAAGAACUGGAGUUCAAUGAGGAUGAAAUACAGCUGGUGCGGUCAGAGAACCCAAACUCCUUGCAGGAGCAAAGUCAGGCACUGCUGCAGCGCUGGGUGGAGCGUGAGGCGAAGCAUGCCACUGAGGAUUGCUUGAUCAAGAGGCUCACUGCAAUAAAUCGCAUGGACAUAGUCCACCUCCUUGAGACACAGAUGAACAAGUCAGUCCAGGAGCAGACCUCACGGACGUAUGCAGAAAUUGAGAGGACUCUUGAUCACAGUGAAGCUCUCUCCUCAGUUCAGGAAGAUGUAGAAAGUCCGCGACUGGUAAGAAGGGUGGAAUCCUCACAACGGCAACCUCCAGCGGUUUCUGAGGAAGACCUGUCCGUGGCCUCUCUCCUGGACAUCCCGUCCUGGUCAGAGCCUGCGGGGCACACCCAUUCUGAAAGCAUGCAUGGAGACCUCCUAGAAGAACUUGACAUUACACAGGACUUUAUCACCAACCCAUGGGCUGCUCGAGAGAUGAGGGCUGGGUCAUCAAAUGAGGGCCUUGACAGACAAGGAGAUGAAUUCCCAGAAUUUGCUCCGCAGACCACUUCUGAGGAGCAAUAUGUGGAUGAACAUGGGAAUAUGGUGGUGAAAAAGGUUACCAGGAAGAUAAUCAAGCGCUGUGUGUCAUCUGAUGGAGUCGAACGGGAGGAAGUGAUGGUUGAGGGAACUCCACAAGACACUGUCAGUGUGGCCCAAGGGGACGGCUACUCCAAAGUAAUUAAGAGGACAGUGCUGAAGAGUGAGGGAGACCAGACAGAGGUGACAUUUUGUGAAAGGCCGGGUGCGUCUGCCUCUGGAGCGGAGCAGGACGACAGUGGCGAGGUCAGCCAGGUGGUGCAGACGUCGCUAGUGCAGGGUGAGAGGAUGGAGAUGCACCACGGAGACCCCACUCUCGCCUCCGAUCUCCCCUCUGCUCAAGAUGACUUCAGUCAGGCCAUGAGGUAUAUGGGGCUCUCAAAGAAAGCUCAUGUUCCCCGGAUUGUAGAGCAGCAGAUUAUAAAGGAGGAUGGAUCUGUGAUCAGGAGGACCCGGAUGCGUAAGGCGCACACACAGAGGAAGACCCUGGUGAAGGAUGCUGAGGGUCAGAGGAGGGUCACCAUUGAGCGGCUGGAUGGCAGAGCUCAGAGCCCUUGCCUUCACAACUGUCAUCCUGACAACGUCCAGCAGCAUUUUCACCAACUCAUCCACCAGUAUCGUGCAAAGAGCAAGAGGCCAAAAGAUGAGGAGGAGGAGUGAAGGGCUUCCGCUCUUUCUCGCCCUGCUUGUUCCUUGAUUAUCCCCGUGACCUAAGAUGUGGCCCCACCCAAACACGCCAAUACUCUAUGCAUCAUGCUCUGCCCUCUCAGAAAACACGUGUCUUGAUCAGUCCUCCUGUUCAAACACAGGAAAGGUCUUGGUUGGCUUGAGUUUACAGGCAGCGAGGAUUGCUGUUGUUUUCCUUAUUUUGUUAGGUAGCUCGUUUUGAGUUUUUGUUUUUAGUCUUUGUUUUCACUUGGAUAGAUUUGUUUUCCUUGUUCCCUUUAUAAUGACUGUAAUUUUUUGCUGUUUUGUGACCAAAGAAUUUCCUUUUUGAUUUUCCUUGUUGUUGUUGUUUAUCCUGAUUUUUAUGUCUUGACACUGUUGAUGACCUUUAAAGAAGUCUAGAAGACAUUUUCCCAAACCCCCACCUCAGACGGACACUAAACAAUAUGUCUUCUCAUAACAAACCUGCUUUGGUCCGACAAUGUGUUUACUGCACUGUCUGUCAUAAUAACUGUAGUUAGAUAUCAUGAUAACCGGCUUCAUCACUCAUCACAUAACUUGAUUGUUCUUCAAGGGUAAAGGUUACAGCUCUCAGAAAAUGAAACUAAAAAUAUUCAUGACACUUUAUUUGACAUGACCUUAUGACAAUUGGAUUUGAUAUGUACGUAUCAUAGCGGUUCAUGUCUGUCUACACAUGGCCUUCAUGUCAAAUGACCCAAAAUUGACAUCAAUUUUGGUGUUUUCCCCAACAACCAGGCCACUGUACACAGACCUGACUCUGUAUGAUACCCUGUAUGCACUGGAUUUAAGUGGUCAUGUUAAGUAAAGUGUUAAAGUCAUCUAUUGAUACAGAUGCUUCUAUCUGCUGUCAGAGUGUUCUGUGUAUGUGUUACCUGUCUUUGAAAGUAUAUACAAUGUGCAUUUUUAGAGAAAAAAUGACAGUAUUCCACAUUAGCUUCUUAUAAGGAUUAUAGCUGGCAUGACUAGUUAGCAUCUGUCACUUACUAUUUGCAAAAUCAAUUUCAAAUUCUGAAUCUACCUGCAUUUUCUCCCGACUGUCUUCCCCAUCAGAAAUACAAGAGCAGCACGAGGUGUUUAAUGUUUUGCCCCUCAGUCUGUCUGUGCUUUGAGAUGCACUAGCACCUUCUCUUUCCCCAUCAGAUGAAAUCGGUCCAUUUGCUUUCGUUCUCUUUGUGUAUGUGUUGUGUAUGAGUGGAUGAACAAGUGAAUGAAUACUCCAGACAAUAUCAAGCAUUUCUGUCAUUUCAAAACCCGUCAGGGUUAUUUUAUGUGAUGUCUCCUUCUGCACUUUGUGUAUUCUCUUCUCUCCCCUAUUUUCAAGGGGUAAUGAUUAUACCCCUCAGAUGUAGCAGACUACCCUAACCAUU